AUGCACUCGCGUCGACCCGAGACCUUGAAGAUUGACAUCUCCAAGUAUAGGGGAGUCGAAGAGGACUCCCUCUUGAGAUGGUUCGUCGAAUUGGAUGACGCCAUAAGGGCGCGUCGCAUCGACGACGGGGAUAUGCAAGUUGCAUUUGCCCAUUCAAAUCUGGCAGGACGUGCCAAAUCGUGGGCACUGGGGCUCAAGUUGCACGACCCAUAUGCGUUUGGGUCGUUAGAAGGCUUCAAGUCGCGGCUCAGACAAACGUUUGAACCGCCUAGAGCUGAGUUCAGAGCUCGAACCGAACUCUUGAAGCUCAAGCAGGAUAAGCGUGAUGUGCACGCUUACGCGCAACACAUACGACAUCUCACGAGUUGUAUAAGUUCCAACCCGGUUGAUGAACACACGUUGGUUUCGGUGUUCAUGCAGGGUCUUGCGGAUGGUCCCGUCAAGACUCACCUGUUCCGGCUUGAACUAGAUUCACUAGAACAAGCCAUUUCCAUUGCGGAACAGUAA